AUGACAUCCGAUCACAGUAUUAAAACGCUUAAUGAUACAGAAUUUUAUGUGUCUCGAAUAUGUAAGAGAGCUACAUCUGAAAGACAACCGACAAUUAAAGAUUUCUUUUUUACCCUGGUGGAUAAUACAGAUCAUAAACUGAUAUUGGAUAAAGCAUUUAAUAAAACAAAAUUCUGGACCAAAGUAACUGAUUGGUCUGAGCUAACGCUGAAAGCUUCGUCACACUAUAUACCGGAGAUAGACAAAGAAAAGAAACCAAACUAUAUAACAGAUUAUACGAUCGGAAUAGAUGACAUGGACAUUGGUCUCACGUUGUUAAGAGGUACGGACAAGGCAGAGUGGUCAAUAAACGGAGGAUGUACAAACUUUGCUGAAAACUGUGAUAAAGAGAUCAAGCCGAAAUAUUUAAAGAGUAUAACAUCAUGGCAAAGGAUAUUUAAAGGAAACUUUAUGCAUGGGGAUAGAAUAGAAUAUACCGUGUCUGCAAAAAACGGUGGCAAAGUACUUUAUGAAGAUAGAAGUAGUUUUCAGCGGCCGUAUUCAAAAAAAGAGUAUGAUCUUAUUGGUAUUAAAACAACCGAAUUUCUUGAACUGGAAUUUGACACUUACCCACCUGUCCAUUGCUUUGAACAAAGUGACGACUGUAAGAAAGAUGCAUUAAAAGCAACAGAUUUUCUUACACAGCCGAAAGUGACCGUACAGUGGGACGGAUGGAGUGACAGUGAUUCUGGUGUAGAAGAGUAUGUGUUUAAUAUAUACACAUUAAAAAAAACAACUGACACUGGUCCACUUAUGUAUGGAAAUCCGCUGAAUCCUUCUAUGAAUGCCAGUUCCUCAUAUAGUUCCCUCACGCUAGAACUCGACGAACCUGGGCCUUAUUCUAUUGAAAUUAUCACAUACGAUCAGGCUGGAAACGACAAAGUUGCAAGGAGAAUAGUAUUAUUCGACAAUGCAUCUGUUGUGGAUCUUCAUGGAAGUCAAAGUAGAGCCAUACAGGCCACAGCAAAUAACUGGAUAAAUAAGUUUAGUGAUGUAAUUGAAAUUGUCUGGCCAGGAAGAUUUAGAAAUGUUAGACAUAGUGACGGGGGGUGGCUAAAUGAAGUUCCGGAAAGUAAAGAUAUAAGCAGGGACCUUGAUGAUCGUCACGGAAGAUCUGAAAGGACAAUUGAAAAGAUAGAUAAUAUAGAUGGGAUUAUACGUUUCGAAAUAGCAUAUUUGACCGAAUUCCAAAACUCUUCAACAUUCAGUAGUUUUCAAAGGGUACCUGAUGAGUAUUUUCAUAGCCAGAAAAUGAUAUACACGGAUGAAAAAUUAAUCGAUGGCAAAAGAUUGACCUAUUGUAUACGUGGAUACGAUGUUGUUGGGGAAUUUGCCGAAGACAAUGUGACAGUGAUGAUAGAUCUGUCGCCUCCAGUUAUACAAAAUUUGUGGCUGACAAAGGGAGAUUUAGUCAAUAUCAGCGUUCACAGUGUUUUGGAAUUGAAGGAACUUACAAUUGAAUGGGAAACAUUUGAUUAUCACAGUGGUAUACAUGAGGUGUCGUGGAAAGUAUUUGAUAACUUUACUAAAGAUGUGGUUGUCUAUGGUAAUUCGAAUGAACCUCCACAAGGUGAAACAAAGGAUUUAAAGGAGUGUAAUCAAAAAUACGGUUUAUAUCCCCGAGGACCAAACUGCUACUGUUCUCCGUACAAUGGAUGUUUUCAUAGACAUUAUCAGAUCAAACCACCAGUUUCUAACGUUAGCAAUGCUGGUUUACACUUUGGUAAAGAAAUAGGCGAGCACGAUUACGACUAUUAUAUAGAGGUUACUGUUAUCAACAGUGCUGGGUUGUCAACAACCAAACAUAAGAAGAUAACAAUUGACACGUCACCGCCACACGAAGGCAAAGUGUAUGAUGGUAUUCUUGGAGAUUAUGAAGUUGAUUUUCAGCAGUCACUAAAGGUAGCAGGGCAUUGGAAUGACUUUUUCGAUAAAGAAAGUGGUGUGUGGUUAUAUUCAUAUGGAUUUAGUGAAAACUGUUUAGAUGAAAACGAUCUUGAUGUACAUUCAAAGGUGAUGUCACUGAUACGCUUAUAUCUCAAUAGAAACAGAGAAAUUGAAGGAAUUGCUAAUUCCUCUAAACUUUGCAGAGAUAAGGCAACUACAGUUCAAGAAUUUAUCAUAAAGCUUUACCCUCUUAGAAGGUGUUUGAAUGGAACUAUAGAUGUUGUUGAAUUAAAUGAAGAAUGUAAUGAGCUACAUGGCGUUCAUUCAGAUUUGAUAUCUUAUAUCACAUCUGAUUCAAAG